CUUCUCGGUCAUUCCCAACCUGACAUACACUCACAGCCACGCAUUUGGAGAUUUUCUACAUUUUUAGAAGAUGCAGCUGAAGGUUAGUUAUCCGCUGUGGCUUUUAGGCAGUCGUAAGCAUUCUGCUUUAUUUUUAUUUUUGUUAUAAGUUCUCAUCUGGUAGAUAUCCCCCUCAAACUCCCUUCCAUCUGCACCAUCCAUUCAAUUGCCUCCUUUCUCUAUACAUAUUUCUAUCUUUACGCACACGCACACCAUGUUCAACACAGCAGGAAAAAUUGCUAUUGCGCAAUUGGCCUUCUUUAUAAUCGCCAUUUUCCCCGCGCUCUACUGCCUCUUCAAGCACGGACAGCAUGGCCUCUUAGGCUGGGGUUUCCUCUGUGUCUUUUGCAUCAUACGAAUUGUCGGUGCCGCCAUUAUCGUCAGCGAUGAAUCUACAAACAAGACACUCAGCGAGGCCGGGCUGAUUAUUGCCUCGGUAGCCAUUGCUCCUCUGAUCAUUUCUAUCGGUGGAAUAGCACAUGAAUCAUACACCUCUAUCAAAUCGCACAGACGAAUCAUAUUCGGAUUUCUCCCUCACGUUGUGGUUCAUUUUGGCUGUGUAGCAGCAAUCGCUAUGAUAGCUCUAGGGUAUACCAAGUUUGAGAAGAUCGCUUCUACCACGAGUGAUAUGAAGACGAGAUUAGACAUGGUUCGUGCGGGAGGCAUACUCCUCCUUGCUGUGUGGCUCGGUAUCGCUGUUAUUGUGGCUGUCUCGUUUCUUUAUCCUCGAGAUUUACGUGGAGAGAAACAACUCAUUAGAGGUGUUGUUGUUGCCAUGUUGGCGAUGGUUGUCCGGAUUCUCUACACAACAUUAGGCGCUUUUAUAAAAACAGCGUCAUUUAAUCUAAGGACUGGUGGGACAAUUGCAGAAAAGGUAGUUCUUGAUCUCCUGCCGGAAUUUAUCUUCACCUUCGCUCUUCUGGCUGCGGGUAUAGCUUCUCGGAAUCUUAAAUAUGAGAGGGAGAUGAAGUGAAAUCAGCUGUGGGGGUAGGGGUUGCGCAAAUGACCAGGGCAGAAAGCCCCGUUAGUAACUUACGACGAAGUGCAAUCUGAAGGGUUUUGGGUCAUGAGUAUCAUGAGUAUUGCUUUAAUGUAGAAUUUGUGAUGAGCCUCACUAUGGCGUGUCGAGUAUGAAAAAUGAAAGAAGCCUAUUUCAUAUAGAGAACGAG